ACGAUGUGUAGGUGUAUGGUGUACAGUACAGGGAGCUGCGACAUAGCAUGAGUAACGCACGCGUCACUAGCAGUAAAAAUGGCGUCGGCAGAUGUUGAGCGUGCCAAGAUGGAAUCUACCAUACGUAAUUUAAAAUUGUCUGGUCAUGUUGGAUUUGACAGUCUUCCAGAUCAAUUGGUAAAUAAAUCUGUUCAAAAUGGAUUUGUGUUCAAUAUUCUAUGUAUUGGUGAAACUGGACUGGGAAAAUCCACUCUUAUGGAUUCCCUUUUCAACACAAGUUUUGAAUCUAUGCCAAGUCCACAUAAUCUUCCUGCUGUGAAGCUCAAGGCACACACCUAUGAGUUGCAAGAGAGCAAUGUCAGAUUAAAGCUUACCAUUGUUGACACAGUUGGUUAUGGAGACCAAAUUAAUAAGGAAGAUAGCUUUAAAGCUGUUGUUGAUUACAUAGACGCCCAAUUUGAAGCAUAUUUGCAAGAAGAGUUGAAAAUAAAGAGGUCUUUGCCAACUUAUCAUGACAGUCGUAUUCAUGUCUGUCUAUAUUUUAUUUGUCCAACAGGACAUGGAUUAAAAUCAAUUGAUCUAGUCUGUAUGAAGAAACUUGACACAAAGGUCAAUAUUAUUCCAAUUAUUGCUAAAGCUGAUACAAUAUCAAAAACAGAACUGCAAAAGUUUAAGACUAAAAUUAUAUCCGAAUUGCAAAAUAAUGGAGUUCAUAUCUAUCAAUUUCCUACGGACGACGAAAGCGUUACAGAAAUAAACACUAGUAUGAAUGCUCAUGUACCUUUCGCAGUAGUUGGCAGCACAGACUUUGUUCGUGUUGGAAACAAAAUGAUGCGUUCUCGUCAAUAUCCAUGGGGCACCGUACAAGUGGAGAACGAAUCUCAUUGUGACUUUGUUAAAUUGCGAGAAAUGUUAAUAAGAACAAAUAUGGAAGAUAUGAGAGAAAAGACACAUGGUCGUCAUUACGAACUAUAUCGUAGAAAGCGGCUAGAACAGAUGGGAUUUAGCGAUGUUGAUAGUGAAAAUAAACCAGUUAGCUUCCAACAAACUUGCGAAGCAAAAAGAUCCAUCCACUUGCAAGAGCUUCAACAGAAGGAAGAUGAAAUGCGACAAAUGUUUGUAGCACGAGUGAAGGAAAAAGAGGCUGAAUUAAAGGAGGCAGAGAAAGAGCUGCACAACAAAUUCGAUAAAUUGAAAAAAGAUCACACAGAAGAAAAGAAAAAGUUGGAGGAAAGUAGAAAGAAGCUCGAGGACGAUAUUUUAGAAUUUAAUAGACGAAAAACUCAAUUCGCUCAACAACCUCAACAUCAUACAUUAACGUUAGGUAAAAGUAAGAAGAAAUAAAAAUGUCUGCCAUUGACGCUACAAUAAAUAAAUACAAUGUCCCAUUUUAUACUUCUGCUUAUAUGAGUAUUAUUAGGAUUAAACAGAGAUUAAAAUUAAAUUAUCGAACGUUCCCAAAAGUUAUAAUUUAUACUGCAUUUUUGUGUAUUUCUUUACUCGUAGACGUUAUCUUAUAUUAGACUGAUUAUCGUAACAAAAGUGAUGUUUAACCAAAUUUAAUUUACUUUUUGUAUCAAUACGUGCACUUUAAGAAAAAUAAAAAUAUAUUUGUUACUUACAAA